AUGCUCCUCCCUUCCCCCCUCCUACUCCUCUCCUCCCUUCCCUGCUGCUGCUCCUCUCCUCCCUUCCCUGAUGCUGCUCCUCUCCUCCCUUCCCUGCUGCUGAUCCUCUCCUCCCUUCCCUGCUGCUGCUCCUCUCCUCUCUUCCCUACUGCUGCACCUCUCCUCCCUUCCCUGCUGCUACUCCUCUCCGCCCUUCCCUGCUGCUGCUCCUCUCCUCCCUUCCCUGCUGCUGCUCCUCUCCUCCCUUCCCUGCUGCUGCUCCUCUCCUCCCUUCCCUGCUGCUGCUCCUCUCCUCCCUUCCCUACUGCUGCUCCUCUCCUCCCUUCCCUGCUGCUACUCCUCUCCUUCCUUCCCCCCUCCUACUCCUCACCUCCCUUCCCUGCUGCUGUUCCUAUCCUCCCUUCCCUGCUGCUGUUCCUAUCCUCCCUUCCUUGCUGCUACUCCUCUCCUCCCUUCCCUGCUGCUAAUCCUCUCCUCCCUUCCCUUCUGCUACUCCUCUCCGCCCUUUUCUGCUGCUGCUACUCCUCUCCUCCCUUCGCUGCUGCUACUCCUCUCCUCCCUUCCCUGCUCCUACUCCUCUACGCCCUUCCCUGCUCCUACUCCUCUUCGCCCUUCCCUGCUCCUACUCCGGAGUGUGAGUUGUGUGAUGCGCAUGGAGAAGGCAUGGGAUGCGCGGAUGAGCAGGGAAGAAUUGAUAGAGAGAUGGCGGACAUCAUCGUUACUGAUCAGGCCAAUGCUAGUGCGCUCCUCAGUAGCGCUGGAGCUCUACAACUCUCAGGCGACGCGAGAACCGACGCGGAACAGAAGCUGCACGACAAGAUGACGCCUCAUGAUACCUCGCAGCUAGUUGUGAGGUAUCGUCGGAAGAACACGCUUCCAGCACGCGAUGCCCAGGUGGAAUUGGAGGGGGCAUCUUCAUCGGAUAGUGAGCAAUCUGAGGAGGAGGCAUACGAUGGCAAGGUUGGUCGCGGCGGUUCACGCGGGCGGAGGCACGGUCGUAAGCUGAAGCCGUUGGACCAGUGUAAACCUGCUACAGGGAGGAAAGAUGCUGGUCCGUCGAAUCGUCGGGAGACCGUUCGGAUGAAACGGGCAGCAACCAACGAUCCGUAUGCUGCCCUUGUUUCUACCUCAGGAUUGGGAAAGAGGGCUUCUCGAUUUCAAGAUCGGAGCGUGCGUGAGAACGCGGGCCAGCAGCAUGACAACACGCUCAAUCCAGCCGGUGGUGGUGACGAUCCGGCCUGUGGUGGGGGGCUGGGGGCGAAUGAGGGUGAGGCGGGUGGUGUUGGAGAUUGGUUCAAUGAUGAAAGGAAAGUUGGACGCUCUGACCCAGCAACUCCUCUCCCGUUUGCAUCGGCAGGUGGCAAUUCCCAGCUCAACGCUAGCGGAGUGCCCAUCAUUCCCUCAAGCACCACUCCUAAUGAUUCCAUGCAGCAACUCUUCCAGGCUUAG